CCCGAGCCGGCCCGCGUCGGCGUGGAGGCGAGCUGCCACGGCAGCCCCGCGCGCGGCGCGGGCGAGCUGCCGCGGCCCCACACCCGCUGUCGCCCGCGACGCCCGCGCGUGGGGAGGGCGCUGCCGGCGCCCUGGGCUCGCCCGGCUCGCCUCGCGGCGCGCGGGCGGGGAGCUCGGAGGGCAUGGCGCGGGACCCGGCGGCGUUCCUCAUGCAGGCCCUGGAGCCCUUCCUGCAGCCCUCCGCGGGCGCGGUGCAGGACCAGGUCCGCAGCCUGGUGUCGAAGACCGUGCAGGUUGCCGAGGCGAGGGCGAGGUCGGGCGCCGAGGGCGAGCGGUCGAGGGCGCUGGAGAGCUUGCGCGCCACGCAGCAGGAGCUGCAGGCCAUGCAGCUGGAGCUGCAGGCCACCGAGCGCAACCGCGCGGAGCUGGCCGUCCUGCUGGAGGCGACCAUCGCCGCCUCGCCUGCCGCCCAUGGCAGGGCGGCGCAGCUGGAGCGCAGCCACUGGGCGGCCGUGAGGAUCCAGGCACAGUGGCGGAGGUGCCGCGCGCGGCGGCGGCGCGGCCUGUGGUGCCGGGCGCACGACCCCUACGACGCGAUCGUCUGCUUCGACUCGCUGUCGUCCACGAUAGACGCGGACAGCCUCAAGAUCAGCAUCUUGAGGUGGGCGCAUUCUGCUUUUGAGAUCGGUCAGGCCCAGAUGGAGGGAGUUCGCAUCGUGGCGCACAUGGGCUUGUUCGACAAGGGGAAGACGUUCUUGAUCAACCAGCUGUAUGGCAAGAACCUGCCGUCCGGAAAGCUGCACGAGACCUCAGGCCUUAGUAUAGUGUACGUUCCGCAGCUGCGGUUCCUGGUCAUCGACACCAAGGGUCUGCAGGCCCCGGUGUCGUACAAGAAGAGGGGCGUCGAGCAGCUGGUGGAUGCGAGCCAGACAGAAGUGUUCUUGUUUGAGCUGGUGUCGCGAAUCGCCCACUACAUUGUCUUCGUUGUGAAUGACUUCACCUGGCCCGAGCAGAGGCACGUGGUGCAGCUGCACCAGAAGUACGUGCAGAGCAAGCGGGAGAACCAGCUCAUCGUGCUGCAUAACCUGCGCACCACGAGGAGCGUCCGCGAGGCGACCGAGCUGUUCUGCAAGCAGGUCGCCUCCAAGUACGAGGGCGUGGACAGGGGCGAGCUGGGAGGCCUGAUCUUCACUGUGGACGAGUCUCCCCGCAUCCACCACAUCGGGCUCGCGGAGCAGGGAUCCCCCGCGGGCAUCAAGUUCAACCAGAAGAACAGGGCCCAUCUGCUGCAGCUCCUGGAUCAGCUGGAGGGCAUUGGCGAGCGCUCCAGGUCCUUCGCCAGCCUUCUCCAGGAGAACUUCGCCCAGCUGCUCCCCGAGUUCAUAUACCUCGAGUCCUCCACCGGCGAGCGGCAGGACGGCUCUGGGCUGGCGGUGCUGUGCCAGCUGGAGCCCCCCUCGGCCGCCGCGUGCGGCGCCGGCGACCUGGAGCCCGACGAGGAGCGCGACCCGACGGUGUACAGGUCGGCGGGCGUGCUGAAGUUGCAGAUCCCGGACAACAGCGUCGCCCACAUGAAGACCGAGGGGGUGUUCUCGGAGUUCUGCGAGCUGGUCGCGCAGGACGUCACCUUCAAGCCGCCCCCGCCCAACUUCUACGAGCAGCGCCUCAAGGACAAGCUGGUCCGGGUGGUCGAGUUCGAGGUGCCUGGGGUCUGGAGGAAGGACAUCAAAUUCCGCAAGGGCAACCGCGGCUACUCUGUGAGCAUGGUCAGGGCCAAGGACGAGUCGCUCGGCCGCUUCGGCGUGUGCAGCAGGUUCCCAGCGCCGCGCAUCCCGACUGGCGAGUUCGUCUUCGACCUGUUCUUCGACGACGGCAUCUGGGACCUCGACGGCGGCCGAGAGGGCGUUACACACGAGAACGGGAUGCUGCGCAUCCAGCUGAAGCAGGACCUGCAGGGCGAGAUCUUCUCUUUGGACGACCUCUGAGAUGACAUGCCCUUCCCUGGCGACCUUGGCGCGUGGAUUUCGAGCAGCCGUGACCGCGGCCGCGCCCACGCAGUGCGAUUUGCAUUCUCCGAGUGGGGCGUCAGGUCCAGGUCUCCGCGCCGUCCUGGAGGGAAGCGCGGGUCAGAGGUGGUGGUCAGGGGCAGCGUUAGGGGGGACAGCCCCCCCCCUACCUUACCCCCUCAGAUGGGGGGAGGGAUGAGAUGUUUGCAUGGCCAUGUUGAUAGCCUCUGGAUUGCCCUGUCUAGUUCUUUUUGGGUGGCUAGGUGGCGAUUAGCGUUUGAAAUUGGGGACCGUCAGCUGUCUUUGCUAGCAGCUGUUGCUCCCUCUCUCCCUCCUCCGCCUACUCCCUUUAUCCUCCUCUCCGCUCUGUGCGCUGUGGUGUAAGCGGGUGCCCAUGUCGAGAUUCUCUGGAUCCGCAGUGGCUCAGAUGCCUUCGAUCCUUUAUCUUCUGCCCGCCGUUGCAAAGGGGCAGUGAUCGCUUAUACAAUACAUUUCUCGCAGGACGGCCCGUCUCGCGGCUGGGCACUUCACACCAUUCGUGCGCAUGGCAUUCCAUGUAGCUCUGUUGCUUCACGAAUCGGACGCCGAGAACAUGAUCGUGCUGUGUCCGCUCCCCCUAACAACUUCUUCGUGAUCCCUCU